AAAAUUUAGUCUAUGAUAUGAAAAAAAUUGAAUUUAGGACUCAAGUCCAAACCAAAAACUAUAAAAUUUCAAGAAAAUUGAAAGAGUAAAAGUUAUAAUUUCGAUAAAAUACAUCAUGAACAGUUUAAGAUUAAUAAGGAAAGUAUCGGUCGGCCAAUGGCGCUCAUUUUCACGAUGCACAAUUUUGCAACAAGAAGUAGCAGAAGCCAUACCAUCUCUCACCAUACCCCCACCAGAAAAUGUUGAUAAACCAGUCUCUCCAAAAAUUGAGAAGAUUGUGUCAGAUAUCACAAACCUUAACCUGCUUGAAGUGUCAGAGCUAAGUCAAGUGCUGAAGAGAAGGUUGAACCUCCCUGAUGCACCCAUGAUGCCAAUGGGUGGGUUUGCUGCUGCAGCUCCAGCUAUGCAAGAUGAAGAAGAGGCUGCACCAAAGACUGUCAAAACUAGUUUUACAGUGAAAAUGACGAAAUAUGAUGAAAAACAGAAAGUGCCUCUCAUCAAAGAAGUCAAGAGUCUUCUAGAAGGAUUCAACUUAGUUCAAGCCAAGAAGUUUGUGGAGAGUGUACCCACCAUUGUUAAAGCAGAUAUAUCUAAAGAUGAAGCUGAAAAAUUAAAAGAAGCACUGUCUAAAGUGGGAGCUGUAAUAGAAAUUGAUUAAAUAUUAGCUGUAGUUAACUUUUAGUAUUUUAUGUAAUUUAGAAUUAAAAUAUAAGCAUUUAUAGGC